AGUUACUAGUUUAUUUUACAAAUAAAAACAUAUUUUCGACAUGAGUUUCACUGACCUGUUCUCAUAUAACAACCUUACUCAUGCAUUUGCUGGUGCAACAGGAAGUGUAGUUGGCAUGUCUACGUUUUAUCCACUGGAUACUGUAAGGACAAGGCUUCAAACUGAUGACGAUUUAAAAGCAGUUGGACCAUUUCGAGUAAUGAAACAAUUAUCUGAAGAAGAAGGAGUAGGGACAUUGUAUCGAGGUUUAACACCAGUAUUGACAAGUCUGUACUGCUCGAACUUUGUUUAUUUUUAUGCCUUUAAUGGCAUGAAAACAAUUGCAAACUUGAAUGGCAUAAAACCAAGCAUAUCACGUGAUCUGAUUUUUGGUUAUUUGUCUGGUUGUAUUAAUGCUCUUGUCACAACUCCACUGUGGGUGGUUAAUACGCGACUGAAGUUGCAAUGUACACAAAAAACAAGUACUAGUGAUGGUACACAACCAAAAAAACUGGAUGGUUUAUUUCAUGGUUUAUGCACUAUUUCUAAGGAAGAAGGAAUGCCAGCGCUCUGGAAUGGAGUUCAGACCUCGUUUAUAUUAUCCGGUAAUCCUGCAAUCCACUUCAUGGUGUAUGAAAGCUUAAAGAGAUUUUUCUUUAAAACAAAGCUAGCUAAAGGUCAGAAAACAAAUCUAUCGUCAUUUGAAUCCUUCUUGUUGGGCGGUUUUGCUAAAGCGGUUGCAACAGUUAUCACAUAUCCGUUACAGUUGAUUCAAUGUCGUCAACGUGCUAAUAAAAAAAUUGGAAGCAAUGUGUCCAUCUAUGAAGUUGUACAAGAUGUUCUUAGACAAGCUGGCAUCUCAGGCUUAUAUAAGGGCAUGGAAUCGAAACUGUAUCAAACCGUGUUAACAGCCGCCCUUAUGUUUUUAACUUACGAAAAAAUAUUGUCAUUUAUAUACUGGAUGUUCCGUGUGCAGAAAAAACAAAACAGUGAAUUUAAGGGCUAGGUGUUGUAUUUAACUAGGCUUUCUCUUAAUUCAAACUGCUUGUAUAAUACUCAAACCAACUAGACCACGCAAAUCAAAUGCAAAAAGACCUCGAACGAUAUAAACUUUUUCCCGAACUGUGCUGAAAGUACAACAGUAGGAAAAACAAGUUUUACCAACAACUUUCAACUGUCAAUUUUUAUUAAAUAACAGUUAAAACGGAAGAAAUUUUGCUAUCCCUUCUGACAAUUCCCGCAAAAUAUUAAGCUUAAAAAACGAGCGGAUGCUUCUGUUUACACCAAAAUUAGUAGAAAUAUACAUUUAUAAUUUUGUGUAUAUUAUUAUUUUAUACUUCAGUGAAUUUAUUAAAAAAAUAGAAAUAAGUCUGUUAAA